AUGACAGAAAAAUCACCAAAAGUAGAGUAUUUAUCUACAGGUGCAAACAGGCACAGCUCCAUUGCUGAUUGGAGUGCAGAUGGUGUUUUGGCCUUCGGUGCAAGCAACAAUGUUGCUUUGUGGAGGCCAGAGUCAUCUUCUCCCAAGGGAAUAAAUACUGUCCUGAGCGGCCACACUGGUGUCCUCAAGGUAGUCAAGUUUCUGCCUCGAGCUAAGGAAGACCAAGUAUCCUACCUCGUCACCGGCGCCGACGACCUGAAGCUCAAGCUGUGGUCGAUAAAUGGCGACCUCUCUGAAUGCAAGUGCCUUCACACUGUCGACUCGCACUCGACACCAAUCACCUCCCUCGCCGUGUUAAAGUCAUGGUCCAAGCCUGGCCCUGUGAUUCUAGCUUCUGGCGGUGCAGACGAGACCGUUAGGAUAUGGAAGUUCGACGCCGGCCAGAUCCAUCCUCUCCAGACCAUCAAAACCAACCGGGAACCUCGGUACAUCCCGCUAUCUCUGGCCCUGACCACGCUCGGUAGCGAUAGCAAUACCCUGGUCCUUGCCGUGGGAGGAACGAGAAAGACGAUACAUGUAUAUGCCGCCAGCGUACUUGAUGAGACUAUCGAAUUUAAACCGCAGGCUACACUAUCCGGCCACGAAGAUUGGAUCCGAUGUCUCGACUUCACACUCGAGAGGAGGGAUGACGGGCCCGGCGACCUGCUAUUGGCCUCUGCCAGCCAGGACAAGUAUAUCCGUCUCUGGAGACUCCACGAAGGUACUCAACUGCCCGAGUUGUCUGCCGCCGCUGCCUCAGAUCCCCUAAGAAAUGCCUACCUCCCAGGGAAAGCCCCGUCCAACAAAGCCCACAGAUUAAGAGUCCGCGAUAGGGACUUUUCCAUCACAUUCGAGGCUCUACUCUUGGGCCAUGAGGAUUGGAUUUACUCUGUGCAGUGGCACCUCGGCGCAGAUGGCGUGUCCAAGUUGCUCUCAACGUCUGCGGACAACUCCCUCGCCAUCUGGGAGCCUGAUCCUGUGACCGGUAUCUGGGCGAGCACGACCCGCUUGGGCGAGAUCAGCCGCGACAAGGGAGCAACGACGGCGACCGGCAGUAUCGGUGGCUUCUGGACGGGCCUCUGGAGGGCUGAUGGGAAAUCAAUGGUCUGUCUCGGACGCACGGGAAGCUGGAGGCGUUGGGAUUAUAGCGAAACGAACGAGAGAUGGGAUCCCGCCAUCGCCGUAACAGGACAUACGAAGGCCAUUACCGGCAUUUCCUGGUCAAGGAACGGCGCAUACCUCUUGUCCACGAGUUCCGAUCAGACCACCCGUCUCCACGCGGCGUGGACGGCUGGAGGGCAGAACACCUGGCACGAAAUGUCCAGACCGCAAAUCCACGGCUACGACUUGAACUGCAUCGAUUCGCUGAGGGAUACCGAGUUCGUCUCGGGAGCCGACGAGAAGCUGAUGCGUGUGUUCAGGGAGCCUCGAGCCGUGGCUCGCCUGUUGAACAAGCUCUGCGACUUUGGUCAGUCCGGCGUCGAGGAGAUGCCCGACGCCGCCAACAUUCCCGUCCUUGGUCUAUCCAACAAAGCCGUCGACGCCGAGGACACUUCCGCGCCCGAAAUCGCCGGUCCAGGCGCAGGCCCAGGCAACAACCAGGGCGGUGGUGAGACAGUAGACACGGCCACCGCCGCACUGCGGUCGGCCCUCGAUAUCGAUCGCCCGCCCUUCGAAGACGCUCUGUCCAAGUACACGCUCUGGCCCGAGAUCGAGAAGCUCUAUGGCCACGGCUACGAAAUCUCUUGCCUAGCCGUAAGCAACGACGGCACGCUCAUCGCCAGCGCCUGCAAGGCCAGCUCGGUGAACCACGCUGUCAUCCGGCUCUUCGAAACGGAGCGGUGGACCGAGGUCAAGCCCCCGCUUGUCGCCCACUCGCUGACAGCCACGCGUUUGCGGUUCUCGCCGGAUGAUAGAUUUCUCCUGAGCGUCGGGCGAGAUAGGCAGUGGGCCGUUUUCGAAAGGGAUGCGGAGGAUCGGACGAAGUAUGCGCCGUUGCAGCUGAACCCUAAGGGCCAUGCGAGGAUGAUACUUGACGCCGCGUGGGCUCCGUCGUGUGAGGAGGAUGGGCCUCGAGCUUUCGCUACCGCCGGUAGAGAUAAGCAGGUCAAGACGUGGUUGGCGAAGGACAUUGAGGGGAAGUUGGCCUUUUCGGCUGCUACUACGAUUCCUUCGAAGUAUCCUGUGACUGCGAUUGAUAUCCUCCGGACGAGGAACAGGGAUGGUCACUCUGUCCUCGCCGUCGGUAACGAAGCUGGCCAACUGUCGAUCUACUCCCUCAACACCAGAGAUCUUUCCAUAGUGUCUGAAGUACACCUGGAUGAGUCCCUAUGCCCUUCCAAGGCAGUCCUCCAACUUGCCUGGCGACCAACCAAAGCAGAAGAGAGACCAGAGGGCCAUGAUCUAGCCAUUGCUAGCGAGGAUACAUGUUUGCGGAUAUACCACUUUGACGACAUCUAA